UUGAUUCUCCUAAUACAAAAAAAUCUAAAACUAAUGUUUAACGUGUUAAAAUGGAUUAAAAGUAGUCUUAAAGUGCUGUUAGCUUUUGUAAAUACUUCAAUUGUUUGUAAAUAGUUUCUUAGUUUUAUUUUGUAUUACGUCUAAGCUCGAAGACUAACAACUUGCAAAAAUGGAUGUCGAAUAUUUAAACAUUUCAACAUUGAGCAGCCUUCUCGGCGAAUCGACAACAACUGAAAAGUCUAAUUCAGAUAUUUUUAAUGACACUAUCCAGACCAUUCACAAAGUCAUUUCAACAAAGGACAUGCCUCAACUCUGCUUUGCACUUUUGUUAACAUAUCUCUGGAUAAUUUACAUCACUUUUUACAAUCAUAGAAUCAUAGGAUAUCUUGUUACAAAGUUUAUGAACAAGCUCUUCUUCAAGACAGCAUAUUUCAAAAUAGGCUCAAUAACUAUCAAUCCACUGGCAGGUAAAAUAAUGUUUCGUGAUCUCGUUUACAUAAACUACGACUAUUCAUGUCGUGUACAAGACGGAUACGUAAUAUUUCGAUGGUGGAGUCGUUACGUUCCAAAAGAUAUUUCCGAUGCUCGAACUGAUCUCUCACAUUCUGAAACUCGACUGUCGAUAAUGUUGAAUAGUUUUGAGCUUCACAUUUAUAAUCGCUCCGAUUUAUAUGCAGAAGUUGAGAAAGCAUUUGGAUUGAAGUCAUCAAUUUUGAUUCCAACACAGACGAUGUCAGCCGAAGAGUUGGCGAAAAUCAAAGAACAAGCUUUGAACUUGGAGAAUCAAAAGAUGAAUUUAAAGAAGAAAAGACCAGAAGCGAUGAAUGCAAGAACGUGGCGUGAUUUAAUUCCUGUCAUUAAGCUCGACAUAUCUUCAGGACGUUUUUCAUUUGGCAAUCGUUUAACACCAACGACACUUUCAAUUUGUCUCGAAGAAGCUCGUUGUGUCUACAGCACAAGACCAGCUGUCAAUCCACUCGAUCAUUUCAUGCAUUUUGUAAAAGCGAAAGUUGAAAAUGCAAAAGUUCUUCUUGCGCCGAGUCCAAAAUAUAUUGGAAUGACCGAUGAACCGCCAAGAUUUAUGGGCGAAGGUUUCGUUGUGAUGAUGUCGAACUUCCUUGAUCUUUACUUCUAUAUGGACGAAGCUGGCGUUGUACCUGAAGAGCCAGUGCUUGUGACAUUAGCAAAUGGAGACGUGGUUGAAGCAGCACCACCUGUUUGGGGAAUUGAUAUUAAAUGUGGCAAAGGCAAUAGCAACAUAAGUUACGGUCCAUGGGCCGAUCGACAACGAGAUCAUCUUUAUAAAUUCUUUUUUCCACAAGACUAUAAAGAUCUCGAACCAACGCCAGCACCAAAGCCUGGUGAACGGCGAAUCGUCCAUUCAUUUGAUGUUAAGUGGAGUACAUUGACUCAUGCAACGAUCGACAUUCUCUUCUCAAAAGAGAAAGAAACAAACGCUGUUCACAUAAAUAUUGGACCGGGAAGUUACAUGGAAGCAGUUUUACCUUGGAUAACGCUUCAAGAUGGCUUCGCGACGAAGAUCACUGGACAAUUCCUUCAUGUUGAUGCAACAACAAGUUUACAAUAUCGAAGCUUAGCUGAGUUUGAAUCACUUCAUUACAACAUCAAAAUUCAAUAUCCAAUGAAAUGGAAUGAACAUCAAGAUUGGUCGAUUAAUUUAAUCGGUUAUAAAGCGACAGCUAACAUCGUCUUUUGGCAUAAAGAAUUCUUCCAAUAUUUAAUUGAAGAUUGGGCGACAAAAACUCAACCAGACAUUUUCAAUUUCGUUCCUUACACGUGUAAAUUUUCGGUGCUUUUAAAAGAGUUUGAAAUCAUAACAAUCAGCAAUGAAUAUAAUUGGAUUGAUUGUUCAAGUACAAAUCAGGAGAAUAAUCAUCUGGCAUUUUGUGGUGAUCUUUUUGAUUUAAGUUUCGCUCUUCCAUUUGAUGAUUAUUUACCGAAUACCGUUCCACUUAAGUUCUGGAUUCAUGGCGAAGGUUUAGAUUUGAGUCUUUACCUUCCUGAGAUAUCAACAAGUCGUCCAAUAAUUCAUGCAAUUGAUGAAAAUGCAACAAUUUUAACACGAGAAGGGCAAAUUAAGAAGAAAAGUGAAAUUCAUGGUGGAAAAUGGCGUAGAGUUUGUUUAAAGAAAUCUGGUUGGGUUGAUUGUUGGAGUGUUCCAAUUCUUGCAAUUUCUAUUCAAUACAUUUACCAUCCAAUGCCACCGCUUGGCCCUGAUCCACAAGCUGACAUAACAACACCAGAAAAGGAAGAAAUUCUUCUCUCACCAAUGCGCAUUCCAAAAAGUAAAAAGUCGACAACUUACACUUGGAAUACGACAAACGGCCAACAACAUUUCAAUCCAACAACACUUGAAUCUGAUGAAGUGACUGUCGAAAUUGAGAUUGGAUCGUCAAUGCUGUUUGCUUAUGGAUCAAUUUUAAAGAACUUUUAUUAUCUUAAAGAGAAUAUUUUUGGUGAAGAUCAAAUGUUUACUGACAUGGAAGAAUCGAAUGCCAAGUCAACUUCUCAUAAGACUGCUAGCGCUGCUGCUUCUGCUGUGAAAUCAACGACAGUUAAAGAUGAUAUAAAUAAAUCAAUAUCAGAAGCAGCUUCAUCGAUUGAAGCUGAAGAAAAGCAGACAAAAAGUUUCGAUCCACGUCUUUAUCGUCCACUUGAUGUGACUGUGAUAUUAACAAUUCAUGAUAUUCAAGCUCAUUUAAUGAAGAAUUGCAAUUCAAAUGAUCCGCCAUGUCCAAUUGUAUUGAUUGAACGAUUAGGAUUCGAAAUGAACAAAAGAUUCUUCGAGACAAAACUUCAAGUACUCGUUUCGCCAGCAUUCCUUAUCUCACCUGAUAAUUAUCCACGUCCAUCCAAGGAAAAGCAUUUAAAGCAAGGACAUUUGUUAUUGUCGGCAUUGCAAAUUCGUGGUCAUGCAAUGUUUAGUAAUGAGAAUCGCUGUCUUGAUGAAGAUACGCUCGAGUAUGCUUGGCUACUUGAGAUACAAUUAGGAAAGCUCUCUGGAAAGCUCACUUUACCUCAACUAACACAUGUUGUAAUGGGACUUGAAUCAAUGGCUUAUCUUGCACUUGAUUCUGAGAAUGAUUUGAAAUCACCGAAAAGUAUUCUUUAUUGUCAUCAUGGAAUGGCGUCAAACGUUUGUCCACAAACGAAGGAAGAUGUUAAAUAUCGCUGUCCAUCAUCUGAAGACAUUAAAUAUCGAAUGAUUCGUGUUGCAAUUGACGCUAUUGAUAUUUACAUCGUAGAGAAUGGUUGUGCACUUCAUAACUGGAUUUCACCGAUAAGAUUUUCGACUUGCAACUUACAUGGGCAACAAGUAAAAUCAGGAAUUACUGCAUUGAUUCCCAACGUGUUAAUUCGACAUUUUGUUGCAACUGGUGCCCAUUUAAACCACAAUAAUGGCAAUUCACAUAGCAACACGAACACAACAGGAAGUGGACGAUCAUCGAAACUGCAAAGCAGUCAAAAUUCAAAGACUGUUGAUGAUAAGAAAGAUGAUUUAAAUCCACUUAUGAAGCGAGGUGAUGAAGCAUCAAUAAAAGCGAAGAAAGAAAACGAAUAUGGACUUUAUCGACGUGGAUCUCGCGAUAAAGACGAGAUAUCAACAACAUAUGGUUCAAUGCGACGCUCAAAAGAUGAAAAUCAUUUCAAACGUGAUGAAAUUUAUUCUUCCAUUCAUUCACAUAAAACACGCGACAGUGAAAGUUAUCACGAGCCUUGGCUUGAAGUUGGUUGUGUUGCCUUUGGACCUGUGAUUAUUGAAGCAGCUACAGCGUUACCCAUUCCUGAACAUUGUUUGCAUCUUGUUCAAAAUAAUUACCUGAAACUUCAUGACGAAAGAACGAAACGUUUGAUGUUCUUAUGGACGACGAGUGAUGUCAAAUGUGGUUGUUUGGGCGGAUGUUUAUUCUUCGGUAGUAAUCGUAAUGGCCCAAAGUUCUUUAAGCCAUCACCACAAGAUUUACAAGAUGGAAUUAACAUUGCACGUUACCACAUUAUUGGUGGUAACAAAGAGUUUGGAUUUGGACAAAGUUUAGUUCAUGAUAAUCAACUUGUUUUCCACACACCACCGUACAGUCUACAAACGAUAUCGUUACAAGAAUGUUAUGAAUAUAUUGGCAAAAAUACUUGUCGUACAUCACGUCAAACACUUGAUUCAAAGUCCCCAUUGCCACAAAAACAUGACAACUUUCAUUCAUCACAUAAAUCUGAUGUUUCGCCUAACAAUACUUUUGUUCGUGAUAAAUCAGGAAGAUCAACAUUGGAACGUGUCAAAGAGAAGGAAAGCAAUUCGCCAAUCACUGCUGAACGACGUGGACGACGAUUCUCGUAUACGAACUCAAAGCAAGUCCACGAUGUUCCUUAUCGUCUUCUCGAUUCAAGUCCUAAAACACAACAACAGAAGCAAAGUGAAUCACGUCAAUCACAUUCACGAGCUGACUUUGAGUGUCGAAUAUCACAGAAAGACGACGAUUCAGAUCUGCUGUCAAGAUCAGCACCGCAGUCGUCGCAUCCAAUGCAAUCUGAUUCGGAACAUUCAUUAAGUCCGAAAUUUUCUGAUGAUGUAACAUUGCGUGAUGUUCAAAGAACAAUUUCCCUGACAUCAGAAAAUCCAUCAGAAGCUUUCUUUAGUGCUGAUGAAGAAAUUCACGCAUCGCGAAGUUCAAGUUUAAAGACGACGGACGUAAGUUUGCCACUUGGAUGUCCGAAGAAGCGAUUCGCCUCAGAUUUGAGUAUCGUUGGACCAUUGGAUGCGAGUGGAAAGCUUUCAAGUCAUCGAAGUGAUUACGAGAUUCACACACCUGAACAUCGACUUCCAACAAGACCACAAAGCACUGCGGAAUUGAAUGAUGAACGACGAUUGCAUAAUUUAGCGACACCAUUAAGAAAAUUCAAUAAUAUUUCUCCACGACCAGAAUUUCGUCAUUUUAAACCUGUUUAUGACAUUAACCCCGAUUCAUCUGAAUCACAUUCAUUGUCAUCGAGUUCAUUCAUUUCUGCUUUAUCAUCACAAGAAGACAUGACAUUAGUUAAUCUUCAUAUGCAAGCAAAUCGUCCAAUUGUUGACUCACCUUUGUUGAUGGCAUCGUAUUUGACUCAUCUUGCUCAAGUUCGUUGUUCAAAUUGGUCACAUUGUUCACUUCCAACUGGAUCAGAUUCCUUCUCAAUGCCUUUGUUUCAAAAGAAUGACGACGGUGGUUUAGUUUACAUUGGAAGUAAACUUGUCCCGCAUUUCGAUAAUUAUUCCCAUUGGAGAGAAAUCAAAAUCAUUCCACGCUUUGACGGCACGACGGCAACAGCAUCAAGUGGAAAUCAAAACAUUCCAUCAUCAUCAGCUCCACCAAAGUCACAUCCAUGGGAUCCAAUGGUGGUUGUGAGAGGCAGCAAUGAAGAGAAAUCAAAUGAAAAAGAAGGAAAGAAAGAUCAAGAAUUCCUUGGAACAUUUCAUGGUGAAAUGCCAGCAUCAAGAACGUCACUUGUCGUUCGAUUUAAAGGUCAAAUUGAUGUUAUGUUAACCCCAUUGCUACUCGAGUCAAGUCAGCGAAUGAUUGAAGCUUUAAUUCCAACAUUAUCAUCAUUCCAUCCACUUACGGUUGUUAAUCAUCUUCACAAUUCAUGUGUGAAUAAAGUUGAAGCGAUGAACAUUUUAAAACGCGAUCAAUCGAGAAGUUAUUGGUCACAAAUUCAUUCAAAUUCAAAACGAUCAACAACGGAAAGAAAUCUUCAAGCUGGAAUGCCUGUCAUGACUGAUGUUUACGAGGAAAUUUAUACACAACCAACAGUCAGAGCUGGAGUGUUUAAGAAAGGCGGACUUAUCAGCAAUACGCGAGCGCUUCUCGCACAUUUGUCAAGCACAAAUCGAACUGAAUCAGGUCCAUUGGAAGCGAUUCUUAUUGAGACAUCUGAGAAUCAACUUGAAGAGUUGGUGUUGACACUUGACAUUGGUAAAGCGCACGCUCAAUUAAGAAGACUGAAAAAUGAAGGAUAUUCACAAGAAUCUCAGACAAUAAUCACAGCAAUUCCAUCCCAUCGAAGUCGUGCAAUGUUCGAUUGCACGAAGUUUCCUGAAGAGUCGAGUGAUAUUAAUGGAUUAGGUUUUAUAAUGUUCGAGUGUGGUCUUGAAGGAAUAAGCAUAAAGAUUGUGAAGCGAUCACAGUUUGAGAAAUCAGACAAUGCUGAAGACACAUUAAAGAAUGUCGCUGAGAAGACAAAAGCAGCUGAUUCAACAUCGCACACUGCAAUGAACUUUGUUCAACUUUUAAAUGAAGCUGGCUCGAUGAAAGCCGCUGAGGCAAUUGCAACGACAGUCAGACAAAUUGCUAUGAAGAAACCAACAACACCGAAGCCAAAUGCAAGUUCUAAAUUGAAACAAACUGAGAAAGAUCCCGAAAAAGGUAAAAUGGAGAAGGAACCGCCAAUUAUUCUUGAGGAUGAAACAAAUUCUGAGCCGCAAGCUACGAAAUUAAAUCCAACGCCAAUAAAUAUGCCAAAAGAUCAGACAAAUGACAAUGGAAAAAUUUCAUCUUGCAUCAUUGAUUUGAAGACAACUUGGUUUAACUUUGCAGCACCACCGCGUGCUCCAAUCACAAAGAAAAUUGACUAUUCGAGACUUGAUUGGAAUCUUUUAAGCACAGCUGCGCCAUCAAUCACAGCAUGGAUGAAUCCAGCAAAUCGCUUAGCAAUAAAAGUUGUGUCAAUGAUGAGAAUGUUGUAUCAAAGAGAAACCGCAGUUGUGACGUCGUUAAUGUGUGAAGCACUUGAACAGCAAAGUAAUUAUCGUUUACCAAAAUCGAGAUAUCCUUUAAAAUUUACACCAAUGGCGAAGACUCUGCAAGAUGAUUGCAGUUGUAAGCUCUUCACAAUACUCCAGCAAUAUGUGACGACAUUGGGUGUUGAUAAGAUUGAAGGAAAUCUAAAACAACAGUUUGUCCCACCGUUAUCAACAUUACGUCAAGGAGUCAUCGUGUUAAGCCGUCAAUGGAAAAGCAUUCUCUACAAUCCGAUGCUGUUUGAACAUCAAUAUAAAGGAAAGCUUAAGAGGCCCAGCAUGAAUCCGACAUUCUCAGUGCCAACAAUAGACGAUAUGCAAAAAGACGAUGAUAAUGAUGAUGACAACCAAGAAUUGCCAGUAACAAUUGAUCAUUUAAUGACUGUUGAUGAAGAAAAUGAAAGUGCUUUGCUUUUAAAACAACGUCCAUUAACUCAACACGUGAUAAACAUACCGGAAGAUAAUUCAACAUUACAUAUCGCAAAGCUUACAGAGUCAGUUAAUUCGUCACCAAGCACGAUAAAUUCAUCGAAAAAAAAAAAGACUUUGUAUAAGAAUGUCCCACCGCCAUCAUCACGUUCAAGUAUCCAAAUGUUCCCGAUGAUGUCUGGUCUAGGAUUGGUUGAUAAACAAGAUCCUCACAUUGAAUAUGGUGCUUUGAAGAGUGGAUCGAUAGGGUCAAUGUGCAGUUCAACAGAUUCUAAUGAAAAGAUUCCACCACCACGUCCACCCCCGCCAAAUGUCAGUUAUCGAGAAUCGUCAAAUGUCAAAGAUGAUCUUUAUUCGUGGAUGGCGAAACAACAAACAUCAUCAACUAAACAUGAUGAACAUAAAGCUGACAAAGGUGACAUGCGAACAUCACCAAACAAAGCAAACAUACAUGCUUUCAAUGCGCAAGAUUCAGGAAGAUUAUUAGACGCGCAUUUGAUUUUUGAGCCUUUAUUAACAUGUCUCGAUGUCAUGCCAACAAAAUGCUAUGACAAUAAUCAAGAUGCAACAUCUUUAGAGAAUCUUGGAACGAAUCUUUCACUUGUUUGUCUCUUCGACACAUUCCGCAUUGAUAUUGUUGUAAGUGAAGCUGGCGAUAAGAAACCCAAAACUAAAAUAUCAAAGAAAUCAAAUGGAAAAUUCUCUUUAAAUUGUGGUAAUGAAACGCCAUCAUUUUUAUCUGAAAGAAUUGAUAUUGAAUUGGAAAUUCUUAAAAUGUCUGAUGGUGGAAUUAACGAACCGAAGCAUCUUUACAUGUCACGAGGUCAAUUGAAAAAGCAUACAAGCACUGUCGUCAAUUUCAGUCUAAAUAUUCGUUACAUAUCGCAACAAGUCAAUAUGCCACUUUUACGUCUUUUACAUCAAAUUUCUAACAUGUACAUUAACGUUAAAGAAGCUCAAGACGAGUUGAAAGAUCAGCCAGAUACAAAGCGAAGUUUGCCAAUUAAAGAUGAAUCGAGUUUAGCUUCGGAAAUGAAUGAUGCGACACUUGUUGGUUCGAUUCAUGAAGCUCCAAUGGACAGUGUGAUCUUUGAUUACUCUGAUGAACGAUAUGACAAGUUUAAUGAGUUGGGACCAACAACAGCUCAUGCAUUUCCACUUGGACAUUCAAUAAGUCGUACAAAAAUGCCACCAUUGGGACCUUUGAUUCCAUUACCAUCAACUUCUGGUGCACGACCACAAAGUUUCGCACAAAAAUUAAGAUCAACUGGAAAAACUGUGAAAGGUAAACUUGGCUAUACAAAUUUAAGUGAAUCAGUGACGACACCAAACAAAGCAAGUCCAACAAUUGAACGAAGCAUUCAAAAAAUUAAUUUAGAACAGAAAAGUUCAUUACCACCAACCAGUGGACCUUUAGUCAAUGAAGCUUUCGUUGAAAUGUCACAAAUUAAUUUUGAAAAUGUUGUUGAAACACCAAAAUGUUGGACUACAAUCUUCAAUCUUCUCGACAUUUAUGCCGCAAUGCCAGAGAUGAAAACUUUAAGUCAUCGUGUGUCAUUGUCACCCGACGCAAUUGCAAAUCUCAAAUCAAAAUUGCGAUCAAAUCACUUCUUUGAUGCAGCUGCUGAUGAUGAGAAGAAUUCAGCAAUGCAACAUGUUCAGACAUUUGAGAAGACGCGAUUGAUUGUCUUUGGUGUUGUGAAAAUAAAUCGAACGAGAUUACUUGCAACAUUAAGUGGAUUGAAAUUAGAAGCGGAAAUAACUUCGUUUAACAGCAGCACAACAUGGCGAAAUAAGACGAGACCAGUGUCAUUAGAAUGUUCCUUAACCGGACAAAUUGGACGUGCAAUGAUUGUGCUGUUAGAAGGUGUUGCACCAAAUCAACAGACAGUUGUAAAAGUCACUGUUGGUAAGAGUCAAACACUCUAUUCGAGUGUCUCGAAGAAAGGAAAAGAUAAAAAUAAUGCUUUGCUGACAAUUGGUGCGAUUUUCAUUGACAUUCCACUUCAUCCAAUUCAACUUCAUGGAAUGGUGACGAGAAGUUCAAAACAAUUAUCAACAACAUUACAAGAACUUCGUGUGACGAGAACAUCAGCGAGAUUAUCGAAACAAAAUGAAGAUUUAGAAUCGCCAAUGCAUAGUCGUGAGACGAAAGAGAAGAAAACAAAAGAAAAGUCAUCAAAAGUGCUGAAUCGUUCUUCGAUGAAUAAACAACAAGGAGAGACUCGAAGUGGUUUACUUCAGCCACUUUUAAUGCAAUUUAAUGUUUUCCUUCAAAGUUUGUCAAUAACAGCGUCACUUCUUCCAUCCCUUCAAGCACAAUAUAAAAUGGAUAAUGUGACAGGAAAAGGAUCGACUGGAAAGAAAGCGAACUUUAACAUCGAUCUUCCAUCACAAUCAUUGUCAUUUAUCACGAAAGCUUCAUCACAAGAUUCAACAGCAAAUCUACCACCACAAGCAAGCAUUCCAUUGCCACAGGUUCACAUAAGUGCUGAAUUUAUUCCAGAAGAUGGAACAGGUUCAAUGAAAGAUACUCACAUUGAUGGUGUGAUAUUGAGACAAGGCGGCUACUUGUCAGCAUUUGCAGAGAUUGGUGAAUUCGAACGUUGUUUAACAACCGAUUUACUUAAUCAUCUCGUUUUUGUUCAGAAAGUUUUCAUGAAGGAAAUUAACGAAGUUGUUCAGAAAAUUUAUGGCGGUGAAAAGCCAGUAAAUCCACUUUGGUUGGAAGAGAAUGAAGAAUCACACUCAAACUUACGUCGUGUUUUAUUUUCACUUAAUAUUCAUGUAAAACGCAUUCAAUUAACAGCAACAACGCCAUGUUCGAGUGCUGUAAGAUUUGAAACCGGCUCAAUUGAUUUUCAUUUAUCGAAUCGUGUUAAGAAUCUUGCCGAUGGUUCCAAUACGAAACUUUUUGGAAAAGCGCAAAUUGAUUUGAAUUUAUCAUUGGGACAAAUCAUCAAGAAUGUCAUUUUUGAUGAAGCUGAACCUGAAUUUCAACAAUAUGCUUUCUUCAAUACAACAAUCGGAUUUCGGAAUGCAUUUCAAAAUGAAAUGCUUAAUGAUGAUCGUGAACUUGUAUUGAUUACCCUUAAACGUCCUUUGGUAUACUUUCAGCCGAUUGCAAUUGACAAAGCAAUUCUUGUUUGGUUGAAUUACAAGACAGCUUACGAGUAUUGGGCUGAGAAGCGUGCCAAUCUUAAUAUGGAAGUUUUAACAGCAACACAACAUGUCUUUGAUAAAGUUCCUUUUAGUGCAUCAAAUUUAUCAACACUUUUCCUUCAAUUAACUGUUGAAGACAUGGGCAUUUGCAUGCCACUUAAUAUUCCCCCACUCAGUAAUACUUGGGGUGCACGAUCAAUUGUUCAAGAUUUUGAGCAGAAGAAAUAUGCGGUGAUCACUUUAGAGAACACAAUCAUUUCGGCUUGUAGCUCAGGAUCACUGGUGUCGAAAGGAAAAUUUGUUGGAUUAUGUUUCCGUUUUGCUGAUGACUUUGAUUCAUCGCUUGACGAUUGGAAGCCAAAUAUUAAUGAAGACAUGAUGAAUUUGUGUGUUGUGUCUGAGGGAACUUACGAAGUUUGUUCGACGACAAUUGCAUCAAAGAAGUUACAUGAGAAUGCAAAAUGGUUUUUGAAUGUUAAAUGGCAGAUGGAAGGAGUUGAUAUAAAUCUUGAUGUUAACAUUGGAAAACAUCUCUCAGCUUUAGGUCAUACAUUAACGCAAAUGCAAGCUGGUGCUGAAGAAGAUGAUGAUCAAGUGACAUUAGAAAGUCCAGACAGUGACAGUUGCUCUGGAAAGAUAUCACAAGAUAUUUUACCACGAACAAAGAAGACACUCGAUUCACUUCCUUCAUUUCUUUUCGACCCAACUCUUGACUCAAAGAAGCGAUCGCAGUUAAUGGAAAAUGAAAUUAGUGAACAAACAAAGAUUGUUAGUGACUUGAGAAGUUUGGGAGCAAGUGUCAAUACCAUAUCACAUGAGGAAAGAAGACUUGAAGAGCUCCAAGCUUUGUGCUACAAAUAUUUCCGCAGAGAUAUGAUUCAAAAACUUAAACGUCCUUCAGCUUUAAAACGAUCAAUGAUGCUGUCAUCGAAUCGAUCGAAAUCUUUUGUUGCACCAUCCCCAACACAUGAACAUAUAGAUUUUGAUGCUUAUGAUAUGAUUAUGCCAAUUGAUGAAAAUAGUGAAAUAACACAACAAAAUUCACCUUCCAGUCAUAACAGUUCAAGUUUGAGAAUAAAAAUUCCACAAAGAGUUCAAUUCUCGGAGAGUUUACGUCGACAAACGUCACUUCCAAGUGCUGAUUCCGAUGCUGAUUAUUCACAAGAAUGGCCAUCGAUGGUCUCAAUAAACGAAGGUGUCCAAACGAUAAACAUUGAUGGUGAGAAUGUUGAAUUGAGAAAGAAACUUCCACCAGUAACAUCACAGAAACCUCAUGAACCAAACAUCGAUUUCGAGCUUGAUGUUAAAGUUGUCAUAAAUUCUGGUAAAUGUGUUCUUCACACAAAAGAAUCUUCUGAUGAGAAAUCGUCAAAUUAUUCAAGCAAUGUAAAGACACAUCGUCGUGAACGAAGCAUUGGAACAGAUCACGGAAGUCCAUUGCCAAAUCGAAGAAAUAAAGAGAAAUCUAAACUCAAAUACAACACAAGUGCUGGUGCUCUCGUUGACCUCACAAUCUUUCACAUUCCUGGAUUGGAUGUAAAACUUCAUUAUCAGUCAAAGACCCUUCCCGAUGACAUGUCACCGAAAGUUCAAUCAAUUGAUCCAUUUGGAAUGCCAAUAAAUACAACAAGACGAAUGAGUACAAAGCGUGCUUCAUUAUUUGCUUGGUUGACACUGCAAAGCAUUCCAGAAGAAACAAUCAUUUCACCUCACAUUUUGGAGUUUCUUGAGCAAACACUCGAACCACUUCCAACAGCUCAAUUCACAGUUCCAUCAUCGAAUCCAGUGAAUCUUGAAAUGCUUGAACAUAAUUAUGUUGUUUAUGCUUCAUUUCCUGUCGAUGUCAUUGUUUACUUCCACAUGAAACCGUCAACAUUCCGUUUCUCAUGUCUGCCAGUGUCACGUGUUGAGUGCAUGCUGCAAUUGCCAAGUCUUGACAUUAUCUUCAGUUCAAAACGACAAGAAGAGAAUGCAUCAAGUGAUAAAGAGUCAAUGAAAAUACAAGCAAUUGGUGGAUUGAGUGUGACUGGAUGUUUAGCUGACUUCAAUGUUUACAUUUUUCAUCCCUAUGGCGGAAGUAGUAAGAAAGCAACAGGAACUAAAGAGUCACAACCAUUUCCACCACUGACCGAUAAUGAAAGAAAAGAUUCGUUAAGUAUCAAUGUAGAAUUUGUAAAGUUUCAUCUGACACGAUCAAGAAAGCUUAACUUUGAAUCAAAUCUUCCAAGAAAAUCAAUUGAUCAAAGUUCAUCGCGUGCAACAAUUCGUUUCAAUAGCAUUGUUGACAUUGGAACAGCAUCAUUCAAAUAUGAUAUGAGACGAUUAACAGAAAUUCUUGCAUUUCCAAAAGCUUGGUAUCGUCGAAAUAUUAUGCGUCGAUUGUUUCUUGGUGAUUUGAGUGUUCAACAAACAAAUUUAAAUGACGAUGUAACGAGUCAUUCACCGAAUGAAAAGUCGCCACUUUUCUUAAGCAAGCAGAAGAUGAAAUUAAAUCUUGAGAGUGAAAUGUCGAAAGGUGGUGGUGUUGGUAUGAAAUCAUCAAAAGGAAAAUUCUCAUCGCCACCAGAUGCAUCGUCGCCAUGUGGUGAUCAUCAAUAUUCAUCUUGGGAAACGCUCGUGUUGUUCGCAAUCAAUUUUACGAAGUUGAAUGUUCAAAUGAACAUGGGAAAUGUUAUGGGAAAUUGCUUGUGGUUAUCGAAAGCAUUUCGCAGUGAUGGAAGUUUAAGUAUUGGAAGUUCUGGUCAUAAAAAUCUUUUCAUUUCACUGGGACUUGGUGGAUCAACGUUGGAAUCAAAAGGUGGCAUUGUCGGUGGAACUGUUGAGAUCAAUACAAUUCAUACACAUUUUCAUAUUUGUGAAGAACCAAAUUACGAGCCUGAUCAUAAAAUUGGAAUAAAAUUUAAAGCUUUAGAGUUGAAAUUUGAUUAUAUGGGAACGAGUGUGUUAAUGAUGAGAAUAAGUGACUUUAAUGCAGCACUUAAGGAUGAAUGGAAACGUUCAAAUAAUUAUUACACCAUUCCUAAACGACCAGUCAUCAUUCUCAUUCAUGGUGAUUUAAAUUGGGACCAAUUCCAAAUCAUGAUAUCAAAAUCAACGACAGCUGAUAUUCUUAAAAUGUUUUAUAAACUUGAAGACUUCUUCUCGCAACAAUUUAAGUCGUCAAAGCGUGUGUUUACAGGUCUGGAACCGAAAUUACAAACAGAGAAUAGUUUAAGACGUAAACAACUGAAAAAGAAGAUCGAAGCGGGAGCAGCAGAUGAAAAUAUUCAGUUAUCGGUUGAUGCACGUCAUCAUCGUCAUUGGCAGAAACCACUUAAACAUGCAAUGGGUUUAUGUAUAUCAACAAUUAAGAAUCCUUUACCGAAGAAUGGAAUUGUGUUGGGUGGAACGAUGGAGUUGCAUGGAAAGAAUAUUUCACUUGCAUGCUUCCAUGGCAUUAAUUUCAAGUCGAAAUCGUGGGCACUUUUCAGCUUACGCGAACCUUGCAUAAAUUUUGCGACAGAAGCACAGCAACAGGUUGAGAAGAGUGGAGAUUUUCAUAUUAAUCAAACACUCACAUUUGGUCUUGGACUUGAGCCGCAAUCAGUUCCGCAACAUCAUUCAAUGGCGACUGUUGUGAGAAUGUCACGAAAUGUAAUUUUUCCACCGCAAUUUAAGACACUUCAAGAAUGGUUUCAUUACGCUUUCUCAAAUAGUGAAAUUGACGCUGUCGAUCGUUUUCCAGUGUUUGAAAAAGAUGCACGUGAAGCGAACACAAAUUCGAUAGAAAGAGCGCGAGGGUCUGGUUCAGUUACAACAAAUGUUAAACUUCAAGAUCAUAAUCACAAUCGAGAAGUAAUUUUUGCACUUCCAAGUCUUCAGCUUCAUUUUAAAACUGAACAUUUACAGCCAUCUGUAGCUGAUUUAAAACAAGAAAAGCCACUUGUCGAGUGUAGUUUCAUCACGGAAUUUGAAGAUCAUAUUUUCGUUACUGUCGAUGCUGAUGCAUUCUUCUUCCUUCAUGAUUUGAUAACAUCUUAUUUGAAGGAGAAAGAAAAAGUUUUAAUUUCGCAGAAUGCUCGUUCUGGAUCACCGAACUUGAUAAACACAGCUGUAAGUAAAGAGUCGACAAACAACUUGGAUGUUUCAUCUUCCAAUAUCGGAGCAUCGUCGUUAUCAAUGGCAAGUGACAACGUGUCAGUAUCGUCAAAUCUCGCAAUAUCAAGUAGCAAUAAAAAUUUAACAACGUUAUCUGGUGCUUCAUCGUCAUCGAAUGCAAACAGUUCAGAGGAUUUGCGUCACAUGAUUGGAAGCAAGAAAGUUAAUUCAUCGAAAGGUGGUAGUGACAAAGACAGAGAAAAAGAAAAAGUUGAUAUUGAAACAUUCUUACGAAUGGAUUGGAGGAAUUUUAAUUGUAAAACGUGGCAUUUAGAACCAACAAUUCGUCUUCUUUCGUGGGCUGGUCAACAAAUUGAACCUUAUGGCAUUGACUUUAUUCUCCAUAAAUUGGGAUUCAGUCACGCUCGAACAACAAUUCCAAAAUGGCUUCAAAGGGGAUUUAUGGAUCCUUUAGAUAAACUUCAAUCACUUUUGAUUAUGCAACUUUUGUUGAUGGUGGAAGAAAAUAAGCAGCAAGAAGAGAAAGCUUUGGAGGAUAAAAACAACAAAAAGUGAAACGCAAUUCACAAUCAAUUUAAUAAACAUACAAUGUCUUAUACUAAAUAACUAAAACAUUUGAAUUAAUAAGUUCAUGUUUAAGUAAUCGUCAAAGAAUUCGUCUAAACGAAACUUGAAAAUGAUGCAACAAAUCAUUGAUUAUAGUAAAAUUUUUAACAUAAGUGUAAAAAAUAUGUUAAAGAAAACCAAAGAAAAGAACAUUUUGUUCAGAUUAUGUUAUCUUAUGAUUCAAUACUUAUAAAUGUCAAUAAAGAAAAAAUAAAUUGCAUAAUGAAAUCACACGCUUUUAAUUUUUUUUUUUAUGUUGGAAUGUGGAAAUUGUUCAGGU